AUGCUUAAAGCAUUACAAUUAUUAUAUUUAAAGGCUAAAAAAACUCAAAUAUCUGAUGAAAAUUUUUCCGAAAUUUUACAAAUAUUUGGUUGUAAUGGUCCAACAUUAUAUACGACAAAACAAACUCUUCAAAAACUAGUUAAUUUUAAUAUAUACUUUGUUGAUAUGUGUAUUAAUUCUUGUAUAGCUUUUACUGGCAAAUAUACAGAAAUGUCAAG